CGGGAUGAACGGCUCGGCACCGGGGCUGCUGCCGGCGGAGCUCCCCGGCGCGUGCGUGCCCCAGCGACCCGGUGCAGUUUCGUGCUGGUGCCGGCCUGUCUACUGCCUGGUGCUGUGCGUGGGGCUGCCGGGCAACCUGGUGGCCUUGCUGGUGUUCCUGCAGGCUGGCAAGGUGAGGAAGGCCAUCCGCAUCUACCUCAUCAACCUCACGCUGGCCGACAUCCUCUUCAACCUCACCCUGCCCCUCUGGAUCCCCUAUUACCUGGCCGGGGGCAACUGGCUGCUCUCCGAGGCCGCUUGCCGCUUGGCCGGGGCCACCUACUACGUGGCCACCUACAGUGCCGUCACCUUCAUGGCUCUCAUCAGCUUCAACCGCUACUGCGCCGUGCGGGCGGCGAGGCCGGCGCUGCCUCUGACCGGGCGCCGCGGCGCCGCGCUGGCCUGCGCCCUGGCGUGGCUACUGGGGCUGGGCUGCGCCGUGCCCACCCUGGCCGCCCGGCAAACCUUCCCGGCCCGCGCCGGGGCCACCACCUGCUUCGAGCAGCACGCGCGGCACCGAGCCUACGCCUACGCCAUGGUGGGUUUCUUCGCCGCCGCCUUCCUGGUGGUGCUGGGCACCUACGCCUCCGUCGCCCGCUCGCUCUCGGUGCCCGCCAGUCACGCCGCCUCGCCGGGCUCGCACCGGCAGCAGGCGCGCGCCAUGGUGCUGGGGAUGCUGCUGGUGUUCGUGGUGUGCGUGGCUCCCUACCACCUGACGCUGGCCCCCUGGGUGGACAGCCGGCCCCCCGUGCCUCCCUGCGGGCCCCCGGCUGUCUUGGAUGUGCUGCACGCGCUGAGCGUGGCCCUGCUCAGCCUCAACAGCUGCCUCGACCCCCUCGUCUACUGCUUCUGCAUCCGCCGCUUCAGGGCUGACCUGGGCCGGACCCUGCGCAAAGCCGCCCGGUGCCUCCCGCUCCCCCCUCAAGCCCCCGAUGCGCCCGUGCCCAGCGUCCGUGCGUCCUCCUUCACCUCCUCGUAGCGGCUGGGGGUUCCUGGUAUCCUGCCCCCUCCCGGUGCCGCGGUCCCAAAGGGUUGGGGUCCCCAGCAGGGCGAUGGGCGCAGCUCCUGAAGCAGGGAGCGAUGAGGGGGGAGCAGUUGCCUUGCACGCCCCCACUCCAUCCACCCCCACUCUGCUCCUGGCGCAUCCCCACGCGCUCACAGCCCACAGUUUCCACCCUCGCACGGAUCCUGCACCCAGCGCUCGCACGCGCCAGGAGGGCGCCUUCCCCGGCGAGGGUGGGGAGAGGGUGGGACAGGACAGAGGGUGGCGUGCGGGGUCCUGUCCCCUCCUGGGGGGCUCCAUCCCGCGGGGAUAUGCGUAAAGACACCGACGCCUUGAGCUGGGCUGCCUUGGGAGGGGUGACUUUUUGGGGCCCCAUCCCUCGGUGUUCCCAUCCUCACGCCUGCAUCCUGCCAGGAUUAAAAAUGAACGAG